GAUCGCCGAGGCAGUUGCCCAGGUUGUGGCGGAAACCAUGAGCGGAAGAGUUGUCGUUUCAGGGAUGCUAUGUGCCGGACGUGCGGAAAGACGGGUCACAUCGCCAGGGUCUGUAGAUCGGCGGCGUCGGGAGCGACAGGAGCACCUAGACUGGAGCAUCGCAGACCGCCCACAGCACCUCGUUUUCUAAAGGACUGCCACUACGUAACGGAGAUCAACGGGAGGGCCGUGCAGUUUCCAGCGCAAGGCAAGGCACACGUCAAGGUGAAGAUUGAGGGUCAGCAGUGCGACAUGGAGGUGGACUCCGGAUCUGCAUUCACCAUCGUGUCGGACCAGACUGCGAAGACAUUCUUCCCCAGGGGUAAGUUGCCCCCUCUGGAGCCCUUCCCGGCAACCUUGCAGUCGUACUCAGCAGGCCGCAUCCAUGUUAUGGGAAUGUGUGCCGUGAGAGUACAGUUCCGGGACAAACAGGCUGUACUCAAACUGGUGAUUGCGAAGGGCAGUCGCCCCAGUCUCCUGGGCACUGACUGGUUCCCCGCCCUGGGACUGAGUAUCUCAGGGCUAAAUUCAAUCCAAACCUGCCCUGAGAUGAGCGAGGCAUUAUGCAAGGAAUUUGCUGGUCUCUUUAAUGGAAAACUGGGUUGUUAUAAAGGGCCCCCAGUUGACUUUGAGUUGGACCCCGGGGUGGCCCCAAUCCGACUCAAACCAAGGCGAGUGCCAUUUGCACUGCAACCCAAGAUCGAGGCAGAGCUGGAUAAAUUGGUCAAGCAGGGAGUUCUCUCACCCGUGGACUCUGCUAAGUGGGAGACUCCAAUCGUCACGCCCCUUAAAGCAAAUGGGGAAGUCAGGAUAUGUGCAGAUUACAAAUGUACUAUCAAUAAGGCACUCAGGGGAAACUCAUACCCCAUUCCAGUCGUAUCACAUCUGUUGGCUAAACUGGCUGGGGGCAAGGUGUUCGCCAAAAUUGACCUGGCACAAGCUUACCAACAGCUGCCAGUAACCCCACAAUCAGCGGAAGCACAGACUAUUGUCACACAUAAAGGGGCGUUCAGAGUUAACAGAUUACAGUUCGGAGUUUGUGUGGCCCCAGGGAUUUUUCAAGGGCUCAUGGAACGCCUGUUAAGGGGUCUGCCGGGGGUCUUGCCAUUUUUUGAUGACGUUUUGAUUGCUGGAAAAGACCCACAGGAACUGGUUGCGCGUGUCCGUGCAGUGUUGCUCAAGUUCAAGGAGGUGGGGUUGCAACUGAAAAAAGAAAAAUGCAGUUUUGGGGUGCCAACUGUGGAUUUCUUGGGGUUUAAAAUUGAUGCAUCAGGCAUCCACCCCACAGAUGCUAAGAUUAAGGCCAUCAUCGAGGCACCACGACCACAGAACAAGACGGAGUUGCAGUCAUUCCUGGGACUUAUUAACUUUUAUCAUUCAUUCUUACCCCAGAAAGCUUCGGUAGCUGAACCAUUACAUAGACUUUUGCAGAAAAAGACUGUGUGGCGAUGGGGGCGGGAGCAGCAGAAGGCUUUUGACUCCUUGCGAGAAAUGCUGAGUAGCAGGAGCGUCCUUGCUCAUUAUGAUGAGUCGAAGCCGCUGGUCCUGGCAUGUGAUGCCUCUCAAUACGGCCUGGGGGCUGUGCUGAGUCAUAGGGAACCGGAUGGGUCGGAAAAGCCCAUCUCUUUCUAUUCACGUACGUUGUCACCCACGGAGCGCAACUAUGCUCAAAUUGAUAAAGAGGCACUAGCAAUUGUGUCAGGAAUCAAAAAGUUCUAUGAUUAUUUGUACGGUCGCCAUUUCUCCAUUGAAACGGACCACAAACCACUGUUAGGGUUGUUCAACCCAAACAAACAAACGCCACAAAUUCUCUCCCCCAGAAUGUUGCGUUGGUCAAUAUUCCUGAAUGGGUUCCAGUACACCUUGACCCAUGUGCCGGGGAAACAGUUGUGCCACGCUGAUGCGCUGAGUCGAUUGCCCCUUCCUGGCGGGAGCAAUGAGGAUCCUGCUCCGGCGGAGCACAUUAUGAUGCUAGAAACACUUCCGGGGGCUCCUGUAACAGCUACUGAUAUAGCUGAGAAAACGAGGAAAGAUGCUGUUCUCUCCCGUGUGCUCACUUGGGUGGGGAGGGGGUGGCCAGGUGGUCCGCAUGAAGAAAAAUUCAGGCCUUAUGCGACAAGGCAGCACGAAUUGUCCAUGCAUAAGGGUUGUCUCCUAUGGGGAGAUAGGGUGAUCAUCCCAGCACCACUGAGAAACAGGGUUCUUGAGACGCUUCACAUGGGACACCCAGGAAUGGUCAGGAUGAAGUCGCUAGCCCGAUGUUAUGUGUGGUGGCCUGGAAUGGACCAGAACAUAGAACAAUGGGUACGAACAUGCAAGGCAUGCCAAGAGGUGCGGCCAGAAGUGGCCAGAGCACCAGUCCACUGGUGGGAGCAGUCCAGGACUCCCUGGAGCCGGCUGCACAUAGAUUUUGCUGGGCCAUUCCAAGGGAAGGUCUUUUUGGUUAUCGUUGAUGCAUAUUCCAAAUGGUUAGAAGUGGCGAUGGUCCCUAGCAUGGCAUCAGCUGCCGUAAUCAAGGUGUUGAGGCAGCUGUUUGCAACCCACGGGUUACCUGAGACCAUUGUAUCAGAUAAUGGGGCAGCUUUUGUAUCCCAAGAAUUCAGGGCAUUCUUGGCUGAUAACUUCAUAAGAGGGGUCACAUCCGCGCCCUUUCACCCAUCCUCCAAUGGGCAGGCUGAGCGCAUGGUACGAACAGCCAAAGAAUCCAUUGCGCGCUUAAUGGAGGGUAACUGGUCGGCUCGCAUUGCACGAAUGUUAUUUUUGCAGCAUGCGACGCCGUGUACUGCGACGGGCAAGUCGCCAGCCGAGCUGCUCUUAGGUAGAAGACUGGUAACGGUGCUGGAUUAUGUCCACCCAGAUAAAAUGCCAAACCGUAAUUCAAGAGCAACCCCCCAGGAUGAAACUGACACAACAAGGUAUCUCGCCCCUGAAGAUCUGGUCUGGGUGAGGAACUAUUCACGAGGUCCGCGGUGGGUGGCCGGUGUGAUCACCCGGGCUAGUGGACCUGUGUCCUAUUAUGUGACCUUGGAAAAUGGGCAAGUUUGGAAGAGACAUAUAGAUCAGCUGAGGCGCCGGGCACUCAGCAGGGAGGAGUCAGAUAAUUCAUCCCUGGCUAAUGACGCACAGCUGCAAGACCAGAGUGAAGAUGGCCCAGAGGUGCAGUCACCAGGGGCUUCAGCAAAUGAACCAGGGUCUGCUAGUCCUCAGGAUGACGAGGUACAGGUA